AUGGCCGAAUGGUUGCGGUGGAAGCAGGAGGGAGGAGAGGCGGCGGAAAGGGAGUGCAUGCGGCAGCGCGCGUGGUUCUACGCGGGAAUUGCGGAGGAAACGUGCGACUUGAGCGCGCUCCGCGCUGCUCAGGCGGCUUCCCCGCGGGUCGCGGCGGAAGGUGCGGCCGCUGCUGACGUGGACGGCAGCGGAGGUGGCAUGCUCGUGCUGCGUGACGUAUACGUCAACGCGCAGGGCCUGGUGUUUAACAAAAGCCACGUGUUCGUCGUUGAUAGGUGCGGAUCCGGCCAAUGGAAGCAGCAACAACCGCAGCAGCGGCAGGUGAAAGUUCCUUCCUACCCACCUGGAACCAGAGUCACUGUUCACCCCCACCUGAUAAAUCUCCUGCCGUACGAAGGCCACGAAGAGGAGGAAGAGGAUGAGCAAACAGGAGGGAGUAACUCCAGCCCAAACGGCGGCAAUCCCGAGGGGCGGGAGUGGGUGGCACAAGCAAAACUGCACAACAGCAAGGAGCGGCUGGUAGCGCGGCUGCUGCCCGUACUAUUCCUCCUCUCCUCCGCCCUCAUGCCCGCCGCCCGCCGCUUCCCUCUGCUGCUCGCCGACCGCCACGUGCUGUUCCACCUGGGCCUGGGGGUGUUCGGUACGGACCUCUCGUCCCUCGCCAUCUCGCCCGAGUCUCCUUUGCUCGGGGACAGCCGCGAUCAUUUGUUCUUCGCCAAGCAGCUCUACGUGCCCAUCCACGUCAGCAGUCUCUGCGGCCUCUCUGCCGCCGGCCGGCCAUCCUGCCCUGACGCGCUCUGGCUCGCGCUGCGGGCCAACCACCUGCUGCCACGUGGCGGUCUGCCCAUCCUCAACCCCGAUUGGACCCCCAACCAGCCCGCCCCUUAUAGUCACAACGUAGUCCUAGGAGGGCAGUCCGUGCCUAGAGACUGGGUGGUGGUGGUCUCGUUACAUGUGCCUCUCACAGAAGCACGCACGCUCUUCUCCCGCGCGCUCCUGCUUGUGGGCCCCACCUCGCCUGCGCUCUCGAAUCUCAUCUUCCUGCCGUUCAAUGCGACGGUGAUUGAGAUUCUCCCCUACUCCGCUCCACAGACCACCACUGCCACUUACCCUUUCCUCCCCACUGCCAACAUCUCCUCUUCCUCCUCCUCUUCUUCCCCCUCCCUUUCCUCCUCCUCCUCGUCAGCAUCUCUGCCCUUCGGUAUCCAAGCGUCGGUCGUCAGCCAACAGGACUCCGCCACGUGGCACUACCGCCUGGCGGAGCGGGCGGGCGUGCGGCACUUUUUGUCUGCUUGCGACCCGGGCCGGAUCAAGCGGGAGCUCGGGGAGCAGUGCCACGUCAGCGAGGUGUACAGCAUUGUCAUGACAGCUGUACGCAGCGGAUGGCUCAGAUGGAACGAUCUCGCCAACGUCCCACAUCACCCCGCCUUCCCACCUGCCAGCCCUCCUGCUGCUGCAACUGCCACUGCUGCUGCCGCUGCUGCUCCCACCACCACCCAACGGGCAUCAAACAUCCUCCCAGAUUUCCAAGAUGCCAUCCCAGGUCAAAGGGGGGGUGGCAUAUGCAGAAGCGGACGAGAUUGCGAGGCAGGGCGGGCGGGACGCGGAGAAGCGGUGGCGAGUGAGGGAGGAGUUAAAGUAUGA